AUGUUGUCUACACUUAGCUGGCUGAGGGGUCGACUUUGGAACACCCUUUUAUCUCCCACCAUUUCUUCAUUCUGGGGAAUAUUGGAUAAUCUGGAUGUCCCACGGCGCGUCUUCCCAACGACCGACUUUGAACUUGUUCCAGACUCCGAAAUCUUGGAAGAAGAAAUGUUCGACCAUUUUCAUGCAGGCGACUAUUACCCGGUCCGGAUAGGCGAUGUUUACAAAAACGGCCAGUAUCAAGUAGUUGGUAAGCUUGGAUUAGGUGUUUCGGAACAUCGAUAUGUGACGUUGAAGAUAUUUGCUCGCGGGGAUGCCGGCGCAUGGGAGGCUGCUGUCGCCGAUCACAACAAGGACUCGGAUGAGGAAGGCUUCGGCCGCGAAUCUAUUCGCAAGGUUUUAGACGAAUUUGAAUUACCCAGAGAUUUCGGUCAUAAUUAUUGCCUUGUUCAGGAGCUAUUGGGUAGCUCAUUGGCGGAUUUUCUACGGGUAUUUGGCAGGGUUAGAGAGCCGCUGGUUCAAAGUGGCAUUGAGCAAAUGCUCAAGGGCUUGUGCUAUUUACAUUUGGAAUCAUUCCUUAUACAUGCAGAUCUCAAAGCCGAUCACAUCAUGCAACUGGUAACCGACCCUUCUGACUUUACGAAGUUUGAAUCCGCAGAAUUUGAUGACCCUACACCGCGCAAAUUCGUGUACGGGAUACCUAUUUAUAAGUCUCGAAAAUUCGGAAAGCUCGACUUGUGGGGAGUGGCUAAGCUGUGCGACUUUGGAAAUGUUAUUCCGGGGAAGGCGCCAGCCUGGCAUUUAAUACAAGGAGAGCCUCUAUUUAAGGGUCGGGAACUGGACCCCGAAACAAAUUAUGUUUUUCAUACCAACAGAUGCCAUCAGGCUGAAAUUGUCGAGAUACUCGGCUCGCCGCCUCCCGAUGUUUUAGAGAAAGGCGCUGCUAGCGAGGUAUUUUUUGAUGUAGAUGGUAAUUUCAAAUUUGAGGGUGCAGAUAUUUUGAGACCUGUGGUAAAUGAAUACACAGGUGAAUACGAUUAUCUGGGAAUGGAUAUCAGGAAGAGGGAUCUGAAAUAUGAAUUGACUGCUCUCGAGGGAGAAAGUAAAGAGCGAUUUCUGGGUUUCAUGAGUCAAGCACUCACAUGGGAACCUGAGAAGCGGAUCUCGCUGGAUGACAUGUUUUUUUCACCCUUGGUUAAGAGCUUUAGAUGA